AUGCCGACCAAAAACCCCGCUCCAUCCGACUUUCCCGCCAAACUCACCGUCACCGUCACCCUUCCACCCUCUGCAUCCUCCCCAGCCCCCAAUGUCCUACUUCUUCUUCACGGACUCGGCGAUUCGGCUGCAGGCUUCACCUCCUUCGCGCGAGCCCUCCAGCUUCCAGAGACCGCUGUCGUCACAGUACAAGGGCCUGCACCCCUGCCAUUGGACCUGGGCGGUUUUCAUUGGGGUGACGAUGUCUCCUUCGAUACCUCCAGCGGUGGGUUGGACAUGGACGCAGGUCUGACGCGAAGCACAGCAGUACUGGCUGAUGAUGUCGUGCGUAACACACUGGUCAAGAAAUGCGGCUACCUCCUUCGGGAGGUCAUGAUCUUCGGAUUCGGACAAGGUGGCAUGGCUGGGUUGACGGCGGCUCGCGAGCUGGGACAAGGUGACAACGGUGGACCUCUGUCAGGAGUAAUCUCCGUUGGAGCACCAUACCCACUUUCCGGGCAGCGAUCGGGGGUCAAGAAUCGUACGCCAGUGCUCUUGGUGGCUGGACGAGACUCCCUCGUUGUCUCCGAUGCGGCUGUUCGAAGGACGAAAGAGGUCUUUGAGUUUGUUGAGCUCAGCCGGUAUCCGAGAAAGGGUGAUGGCAUGCCCACAAACCGGAAUGAGAUGAUGCCUGUCAUGCAGUUCUUUGCACGGCGGCUGCGCAGCCGGCAGGGUGUGCCAGAGGGCAGCGUGGAGAUUGGCUGA